AGCGCUCUCUGUCUCUCUCUCUGCUCUUCUACAGAAAAGACUGAAGUGGGGCUGAAACUGAAACAGGGCUAGACUUGUAAAAGGAGUGCAGUCUUUCGCUCUCCUUCAUUCUCACAGUUUCCUGUUUAAGGAGGCCAUUUUGUAACCCAAUCUGGGGAAGAGCACAACAAAGUUUGGCACUGUUUUUGUUUUUCUCUUCCCUCUGCUGAGAGUUUCCUAAGCUUGGACUUUCUCCUCUGCAGAACAACUUCUUUGGACAAGAGCGGCGAAGGAGGGGAGGAGGUGGAGGAGGAAAAGCAGUGGGAGGGUAGUUUUUUUUUCCCUACAGCCUGGCUUUUUUAUGAGUCUGAGACUUUGCUCAUGCUUGUCAUGCCUGGGCAAUGAAAGCAGAAGUCUGACAACGGACCACGGAGACGGAGAGCGCAAAAGAAGGGCAGAAAGAAGGAGAAAAGACACUGCUUCCUGGAUAAGGAUCUCUUCUCUGAUCCACUGGGAGGGGGUGGACACAGGACACAGAAGAACCGGGACUCCCCACUUGUGUGUAUGUGUGUGUGUGUGUGUAUGUCUGAGCGUGUGUAGCCCAGGGUGUUCACACCCUCGCUCUCUUAUUCACUGAGAGAGUUUGAAUGAGUGCGGGGCUUUUCUGACUCCUAGACUGUGCACCUGUGUGUGUAUGGUAGUGUGUAUGUUGUGAGCUUCAGCACAGAAGACUCUAAAUGGCCAAUGCUAGCCCGUGUAUGCCCUCAGGGCCCAUGACCCAGGUCUUCUUCCCCCCUGGGGGCCCAUCGCCUCCAGGCUCAGUGGUGAUGCAGCAGGGGACCCCGAUGUCGAUGCCCCCUACCCCUACCCAGGGGGGCUUUCCUGCAGUGGAUCUGGCAGCAGGACAAGGCCCUGGUGGGGCUGUGAUGCCCCCCGGGCCUCCCACACCAGCGGGGGUGUCCUUCAUCAUCCAGAUCGGCCUGACCAGAGAAUCUGUCCUUCUGCCUCAGACUGCUGACCUGGCCUAUGUUAAACAGAUUGCCUGCUCCAUUGUUGACACCAAGUUCCCAGAGUGCGGCUUCUACGGCAUCUAUGACAAGAUUUUGCUGUUCAAGCAUGACAUAUCCACCAACAACAUCCUGCAACUGGUUAAAGCUGCCAGUGACAUCCAGGAGGGAGAUCUGGUGGAGGUGGUACUCUCUGCGGCAGCCACUUUUGAGGACUUCCAGAUCCGUCCCCAUGCACUAAAUGUGCACUCGUAUCGGGCCCCAGCCUUCUGCGAUCACUGUGGAGAGAUGCUGUUCGGCCUGGUCAGACAGGGGCUUAAAUGUGAUGGAUGUGGGCUGAACUACCACAAACGCUGUGCAUUCAGCAUCCCCAACAACUGUAGUGGAGCUCGUAAGCGCCGCCUGUCCACCACAUCGCUGACCAGCAGCCAGUCCCUGCGUCUCUCCACUACCGAGUCACUAAGUAGUGUAGCAACGUCCUCUACCUGUGCAGAGGACGCCAGCCUCAUCCGCUCUCACACACAAAUGCCACGGACCCCGAGUGAGGCCCGGCGCUUCUACACAGGCCGACCGGUUCAUCUGGACAAAAUCCUGAUGAGCAAAGUGAAGGUGCCCCACACAUUUGCUGUCCACUCAUACACACGGCCCACAGUCUGCCAGUUCUGCAAGAGGCUUCUUCGAGGGCUGUUCAGACAGGGCCUACAGUGCAAAGACUGCAAGUUCAACUGCCAUAAACGCUGUGCGUACAAGGUUCCCAAUGACUGCCUUGGGGAGACUAUCGGAGAUAACAGAAGUAACAGUGACAUGUUGAGUCCCAGUGUAGACCCCGAGGUGCCCAUGGACUACAGCAGCGAGUACGACACCUCAGACAAGUCCUCUAUGGAUGACUCAGACGAGGCCUGCAGCAUCCCUGGCUCCUUCUCUCCUGACAGCAACCAGGACGGAGUCAGUGGUGACCAGAGUGUUUACAUCCCACUGAUGAGGGUGGUGCAGUCAGUGAGACAGACGACCCGCCGUUCCAGCACAGCUAUCAAGGAAGGAUGGAUGGUUCACUACAGUAAUAAGGACACACUGAGAAAGAGGCACUACUGGCGUUUGGACUGUAAGUGCAUCAUCCUUUUCCAGAACAACACCUCAAACAAGUACUACAAGGAAAUCCCGCUAUCUGAGAUUUUGGAGGUGCGUGCUGCUGGCGACUUCACCCUUGUCCCUCCAGGAACAAGCCCCCAUUGCUUUGAGCUCAUCACAGGCACCAUGCGCUACUUUGUAGGGGAGGACCCCAACACCCUCCCCCCUCUGUCUCCCAGCAACCCCCAGGGUCUUCCCCCCACUCCUCCAUCACCCAGCAAUGUGGCGCCCAAUAGCGGCGUGGGCCGGGAAGUGGCCAAGGCAUGGGAGAGCGCCAUCCGCCAGGCCCUCAUGCCUGUCAUCUUCCAGGAUGCACCGCCCGCUGAGGGGAACACACCUCACAGACAAGCUUCAGUCAGCAUUUCUGUGUCUAACAGUCAGAUCCAAGAGAAUGUGGAUAUCGGUAUGGUGUACCAGAUUUUUGCUGAUGAGGUUUUGGGAUCUGGGCAAUUCGGAGUGGUGUAUGGAGGCAAACACCGGAAGACCGGGCGGGACGUAGCGGUUAAAGUCAUCGAUAAGCUUCGCUUCCCCACCAAGCAGGAGAGCCAGCUGAGGAAUGAGGUGGCAAUACUGCAGAGUUUACGCCACCUGGGCAUUGUGAACCUGGAGUGUAUGUUUGAGACCCCAGAGAAAGUGUUUGUGGUGAUGGAGAAAUUACAUGGGGACAUGCUGGAGAUGAUCCUCUCCAGUGAGAAAGGCAGGCUGCCUGAGAGGCUCACCAAGUUCCUCAUCACACAGAUUCUUGCAGCUCUCAGACACCUUCACUUUAAAAACAUCGUUCAUUGUGACCUGAAACCAGAGAACGUGCUGCUUGCCUCUGCUGAACCCUUCCCACAGGUUAAGCUGUGUGAUUUUGGCUUUGCCCGCAUCAUUGGUGAAAAGUCAUUCCGCCGUUCAGUGGUUGGCACUCCAGCCUACCUGGCCCCAGAAGUUCUGCUGAACCAGGGCUACAACCGCUCGCUGGACAUGUGGUCAGUGGGCGUCAUUAUGUACGUCAGCCUCAGUGGGACAUUCCCGUUUAAUGAGGAUGAAGACAUCAAUGAUCAGAUCCACAAUGCAGCCUUCAUGUACCCUCCCAACCCAUGGAAACAGAUCUCCAGUGAUGCAAUUGACUUGAUCAACAACCUGCUGCAAGUUAAGAUGAGGAAACGUUACAGUGUGGACAAGAGUCUCAGCCAUGCAUAUUUACAGGACUACCAGACAUGGCUGGACCUGCGGGAGCUGGAGACGAAACUUGGUGAGCGUUACAUCACCCAUGAAAGUGAUGACAGCCGCUGGCAAAUGUUUGCCCGUGACCAUACCCUGCCAUACCCUCCUCACCUGGUGCCUCCUCCACCUGCGCCAGCCUCUGACGAAGAGGAGGCUGGGGAGGAUGCGGACAUGCAAGGCCUCACUGAGAGGGUGAGCAUCCUCUGAGGGGCUGGAGUCUGACCAGGGACACAGAGGACUCAGACUUUUGCUAACCUAGGGAGGGAGUAGGGAGAGGGAUGGGGUGGGAUGGAGUAGAUGCAGAGAGUUAAUGUUGCUGCAAGUCACAGGGUUUAAAUUAGAAUUAUGCCCAGCUAUUUAGACUUCUGCUGUGUGACAAAGCCCAAUGUUUGAGCAGCACAUCCAAUGCCUCUUCUUCAACCAGAGGGUGGGAAAACUUCCCUCUUAUCUUUUCCCACCUCCCUUACUACUCAGCUCUUGUCCUGAUGGAGAUUGCUCCUCCCUAUCCCAACUGACAUAAGGUGCCUGUAUUCUGACCCAGGGUGCUUUACCAUCAAAAUUAGUCCACCUCACAUUCAAAUUGUUCUUCACACAACUGCUCUCUCUCCAACAGCAAAAGGCUUCAGGAGAAGCAACAAAUCCCACAUCCCCUAACAAGAGGGAUUAAGAUAAAAAUGUUGUGUGUGUGUGUGUUUGAGAGAGAGAAAGAACGCGACAGGGCGAGAGUGUGUGUAUGUGUAUGUUUUCUUUAUGAUUUGGAGGUGGAAGUGUAAAACAUUACCAGCUGGCUACCACAAGGAAUAUAUUUGUUUUUAGUGUUAUUUUUUGUGGUGGCCGGAAUUGCUGUGCCUCUCAUGUCUGCACUACAGAAGUAACAGAGGGUUUUACCAUAACAAAAGACUUCCUCAGUGCUGGUAAUUAGUGAGGUGCAGGCUUGGACUCACUCAAGUCUUUAUUUUCAAAUGCAUUCCCAGAAACGUGUCUUUUAUGGUGGGAUCAGACUACAUGAAUUCUGCAAGAUUUUGACAUGAUUCAGUUAUCACCGACAAAUUUUCCAGUAUCGGGCCUGAAUAUGAAUGUCAGGAAUGAUGAAUGGGUGUCUUUAGCCCUUAUAGUGUGACAUAAUUGAAGAACAGCGCUGUGGCGUCUGGGACACCCCACAACACCCUGGCAUCCCGGCAUUAAUGAAAACUGGAGGCAGUGCUUCAAUGACAGCAAUGCCUGCUGUUUUUUAUGAUGCUAGUUUUCACAAUGCAUUUACAGUUGACACUUGUCAAAGAGUUAGGUUUAAACAUAUAACUGUGGCCGUAAAUGAGUCCUAUUUCUGCCUGUUGCUGACACUUCAUUCCACAUUAGCCACAAUAGCUGUCAACCACUGCCUCUCAUCCUUUAUCGAUUUAUGAUGCUGUGGUGAAUAUUGUGUCCUGAGAGAGACUGUACAUACAUUUUAUGUGUUUUUACAAUGCACGCAGUACUGACAUCUGAGCAGAUAGAAAUGUUUUUUUGUUUUGAAUGAUGAUGCUCUCUGAUGGCUGGUAUCAGGAUGAACUCUCCCAGUGACAUACAACAUAAACGCAUGGAUGGAUGGGAGUGGAAUCCGAGCAGAUACUGGGGUUGGGGUGGGGAGCGUAUGUAGUACCUUUGAUUAAUGACAAUAUGACCCCAUCAUGUCAAUAGGUUGCAUGUUUAUGUGAAGUAGAUUUGUCUAGAUGCAGUAGUUAUAGGUAGGAUGGUCUAUUAUACACAUGUAUAACCUGAAGUUUAUGUAGUGUCAAAUAUGUGUAGAAUAUGUACAACGUAAGGAUGAUCCUAGCCUUUGUAACAAAAAUACAGACUUUGAACAAUA